CUAUUUUUACCACGGCGUCGACUCUCCAGAAAUAGAUGUUGUCUUAGUUUCGAGCGUGACUUGUGCAUAUUGUGUCCAUUCCUUCCGAGUUCUUAAAAAACAAACACAUACAAAGGAUAUUCAUAUCUUUAAAUUUCGAAUUCAAUAUGUCUGAGCCUUCUCAAGUGCAGCAAACGGGCGGCGGGGAGGGCGUGCAGCUAUGCAACACUUCUUCAAACUGUAGUAGCGAUACUAAGUCCACAGACACAAAAGUAGAAGAGGCGAAGAAGGACUCGGGGUCCAUGACAGAAGUGGCUGCGGCAGCCACAGACGCAGCCACUGUCGCGCCUCCAGCAGAGCCGGCAGCCUCACCAGCCACCGACAACCAGAGCAAUGGGGAUGCCAAAGAUACUUGUGAUUGGCAGAAGAGGGAACAAGAGCUACUCAAGAAAAUUGAAGAAUUGGAGAAGAUCAAAAAUCAAAGGUCAGAAGAUGGGCUUCGAUUGGAAUUGAAAGUCCGUGAAGAAGAGAUCGACCUGCUGAAGGCUCGUGUGAAGAAUCUGGAGACGGAGCUUCAAGCGGCGCUGUCGAAACCCACCGGCAAGAACCAGGAGAUUAUCGACAGCAUCAAACAACAACACGAGGAGUUGCUGAGCAAAGCCCGCGGCAUGAUCUUCGACAAGACGAAGAUGGUGAAGAACCAGGAGUUGCAGAUAGAGGCGCUGACGACGCAGGUGCAGUCGCUGAAGGAUAUCAACCAGAUCACCAAGGACCUGCUCGAGAUACGCAACGGAGAGGUGAAGGCUAUGGAGGAGCGCUUCCAAGCAAUGGACGCGCGAUUCAAGGCUGAGAAAGAGCGUCACAGUUUGGUGCUGCAGCGUGCUCAGACCAGCACCAACAUCAACGAUGACCUGCGCAAGGAGUACGAGACACAACUCGCUAUAUUCAAGGAACUCCGAGAGCGAUAUGAACAGAAGGUCGCUGCGCUGGUUGCAGAAAACAACAGACUCAAGGCUUCCCUGCAGGCCCCCUCCACCUCGUAAUGAUGACGUCACAACUAUGACGUGAAGACUGCUCCGACUGGUUUUGAUAUUGAUCUAUCCGUGUUUUAAAGUCUUUUGUAUUGUAUUGUAUUUUAAUAAAUAUUUUCGUCGGUA